AGGGCCUGGGUGGCGUGACGACGGGGUCGAACGUGGUUUCACCGCUCACUCCGUGAAGUCUGGGAUCCCGCGGGUCGGCUCGGUACCCGUGGCCUCUGCGUCCUUUUGCGAGCUGCAGGGUUGGGAGGCCCGCACCUCAGGCGCAUGCGCUGCCUUGCCGGAUGCCUACUGCUCUCGUAGGGUCAGAGGUCAAGGGGAAGGUCUGAGAGAAAGUGAUGAUUCGUCUCACCUCAUUCCUGCUGCCACGGGCCUUGGUCCAGGCCGUGAACACAGGAUGUCUCAGUGGCCGAAGCCUCCAUAGCAGCAUAGUGGCAGCAACCUACAAGUAUGUGAAUGUACAGGAGCUUGAGAUGGACAUGAAGUCCAUAACUGACCGCGCGGCUCGGACUCUGAUGUGGACAGAACUUUUCCGAGGACUGGGCAUGACCCUGAGCUACCUCUUUCGGGAGCCUGCCACCAUCAACUACCCAUUUGAGAAGGGACCACUGAGUCCACGCUUCCGUGGGGAACAUGCAUUGCGCCGCUACCCCUCUGGGGAAGAACGCUGCAUCGCCUGCAAACUCUGUGAGGCUGUCUGUCCCGCACAGGCCAUCACCAUUGAGGCCGAGCCAAGAGCUGACGGCAGCCGCCGGACUACACGCUAUGACAUCGACAUGACCAAGUGUAUCUACUGCGGUUUCUGCCAGGAGGCCUGCCCUGUUGACGCCAUUGUGGAAGGCCCCAACUUUGAGUUCUCCACCGAGACACAUGAGGAGUUGCUGUACAACAAGGAGAAGCUGCUCAACAAUGGGGACAAAUGGGAGGCUGAGAUCUCUGCCAACAUCCAGGCUGACUACCUGUACCGGUGACCUGACCAUUUGACCUAGUCCUAUGGCCCCUGCUGCCCAUAAAGAAGCUAUAAUCCCA